AUGGCAUUCUUUACGCUCUCGUACCUCCUUGCUGAGCAGAUCCAUCACUCGAAUCAAGAACAAUCCACUUCCUCACAAGAUAUACAUCAAACAAGGGAAUCAGAUAAGGAGGAAAGUCUCCAGCAAAUACCAGCGGAAGAACCUCAGGUGGCAGCCCUUCUUUCAAUAUGCAUAUUGCUGCGUUUGCUCAUCAAAAACAAGAAGGAACCUCGACAAACGCCAUAUCUUGCGUCAUUCGUCAAACCCACACUGCUUGUGAAAGAGGAAGUUGCUAAACAAAAUAUUCAGUGUGGUGACGAAACUCAGACCGCCCCUCCUCUCCUCUCCCCCUUCGCUGUACUCAAACCACCCCUCAAACGAACAAAAAUCAAAAACAUCCACACCGACCAACACGAAUACCAUUUCUACGGCACCACAUCAUCCCCAGAAAUUAUCACAUCCGAAGCCGCAAACUUCAUAUGCGAUAACUCUCGAGCAUCCAAAUCAUCCAUAAAGCGAAUCCUGAAACAAUUCCUCGCAAUCACGAGUCAAGACUCCCAAGAUACCUGCCACGUUACUCCCGAAGCUAUGUGGUUCAUAGUAAACAUGACGAAAAAAUCCAAGAACUUCCAUACAGCUCGAUGGCACCGCGACGGUCGAAUGAUCGAAUGCACGGAUGGAAAUCACAUCCUUCAUUGCAGAUACGCAAGUACACUAUCUGGACCCACCACUCUCGUUCUUCCGGAAACAGAUAGAGUCACAGGUGUUAUGCGUACAUAUGCCGGGAAUCGAAGGAAGAUAUCAGAUAUUCUUUCCUCGGAAGAACCAUUAAAGAUAUCUUGUAAUCAGAUUAUUCGAUUUUCGUGGGGUAAGGAGGAUAGCCCUGUUCAUUCUGAACCGGAUUUGGUCACCGAUCGAGUUUUUAUCUCUUGUAUUUAUGGGAGUAUUUGUGAGAUUAAGGAUAUUGCUUCUACGCGUAGACAGGUGAUUGGAGAUUCUCAGGCGUUUUUUAGAGGAGGGGGUGAGAAAGGAGUUUAA